AUGGAGGAGUUAACAUUGGAUCUGGUGGCGAAGCCACCGUCUAAGGACGCUGCUCAUAGAUUUAUGGCUAUUGGAAAAGUUAUUGCGGAGAAAUCCCUCAAUCGUGGUACGGUGAAGUCAAUUAUCCGCAACAUCUGGCCGGAAAGAACAGUUCCGUUGAUUGGCGAUGUAGCUACCAAUGUUUAUAGCUUGACCUUUACAUCACAACGUGAAAUGGAAGAGGCGAUCGGAGAAAAUCCUUGGUCUAUCAUGGGUUACUGUUUUAAUAUUAAAGUCUGGCCACCGGAGCUCUCUGCUUCGGAGGUGGACAUGUCUGAGCUUUCUCCGGCUGAGAGUGGGGUUAAGGAAAAAGAACCUCUAGUCCCUGGUUUCUGGGUUCCUAGAGAUAGUGGUCGCCGACUUUGGGCGGAAGUUAAAUAUGAGAAGCUGUCGGAUCUGUGUUUCAACUGUGGUAUGCUUGGCCAUAGUAAUCGUUUCUGUAAGCAGCCAGAGAACCCCGAUAGCCGUUAUGGGCCCAACUUAAGGGCACCGCCGGCCAGGAAGUUGCUUUCCCCGGGGAGACAAAGAAGCAAUUCAUGGGGUGGACGAUCAGAUAGAAUCCAAGGUGGCGUAGAGAUCCCAAGGGUGGCGCGUGCGCUUAACUUUGAUAAGGCGCGUGAAGCUGGGAAUAGGGGUGAGAUUCUGCUGGAGAAUAAUCAGGAAACGGUCAGCGAAAAGGUGGGGGGCGUUUCAGCGAAUCAGGAGGGUCUCACUCAAAACCCACGUGAGGAUCAUUCGGGGAGGCCCAUGCCAAGUCAACAGAAAGGUAAGGAAAUUAUAUUUAAAGACAUUGGUGAAAUUUUCUUUACUAGUAUUGAACAUGCUACUGCUGAAAAUAUUGUCGGUCCUAUUUCUCUAAGGGCUGAGAGUAGUGGGCCUAGUGUUGUUGGGUCAGCUGUACAGGAAUGGCAAGUCCACAAUGAACCUACUAUACCUGCUAAUAGGGAAACCCAUAACCAGGCCUUUUCUGGUCCUAUCAUUACUGAGAUUGAAGAUGGUGCAGAUCUUGAAUCUGCUGGUGUGCCAGAGUUACCUUUCCCAGAAAGUGAUUACCAUGUUGAAAUGGAUAGUGAUGAUUUGCCAGAGGCUAGCAGGGCAAGCUAUAAUGAGGUAUACAGGGCGCCAGGCAGUACACAGUUUAUAUCAAGAAGGGGCAGUACUCUAUCCCCAUCAAGAGUUAUCAGAACAGUGCUGAAUCUUUCAAAUGUCUUCAGAUGUCUAAAUCUCAAGAUAUCAGCCUAUGAUGAGGAAGGGUGGGGAGGAGACAUUAAACGAGGAAGAUUUACUCCUCUUCUGUUAGAAGUUGCUGGCCAGACAGAAAUAACUUCCCCUUGCAUCCCACCCCCUUGUGUUGGGCGUAGGAGGAAGGGCAAGUCUGUGGGAAGAGUGUGGCUGUCCUAUAACAGCCACUCAGCAACCAUGAUAGGCCUGGUGUGGAACUAUCAGGGUAUAGGACCUGCCCUGACUAUGAAUGUGCUUAAACAGUUGGUAUCUAAAAUAGGUCCUACUAUAAUUUUCUUAUCAGAAACUAAAAAUAAGAGUGAGAAGCUGGAAGUUUUGAGGAGAAAGUUGGGUUAUAAUAAUGCUAAGUAUGUGGAACCUGUGGGGAAGAGUGGAGUUGAUUUUGAUGAGAGACGGAGAUUAUAUGAGCGCAUUACUGACAUUGUGCACAUUGGGGAGCUUCCAAUUGUUUGCUGUGGAGAUUUCAAUGAUAUUUUAUGUCAAGAAGAAAAGAGUGGAGGUAACCUAAAAGCGAAGAGGAAGAUUGAUUGUUUUAAGGACUUUGUCCAUGGCUGCAACUUCAUUGAUAUGGGCUUUAAGGGCCAACAGUAUGCAUGGUUCUAUAGAAUAGGAUCCGACCAUUCUCCUAUUCUACUUGACACGUGCUAUAGUGAGGAAAAAGCGAUGAGGUCUUUCAAGUUUGAAGCCAUGUGGUUAGAAAGCCCUGAUUGUGAAGAUGUGGUUAAGAGAGGCUGGUCUGUUCCUUUUGAAGGUUCUGGGUGCUAUCAAUUAGUCAAUAAACUGAAGAAGAGUAAGAAUGAGCUUAUUGCUUGGAGCAAAAAAGCUUUCCCGAAUAAUAGAAAAGUGAUUGAUGAGCUUAUGACUGAGUUGGUUCACUUGCAGAAUCAAAAGGUUGAGGAACAAGAUGUUCUGGCUGUACAGGAGACUAUGAUGAAGCUUAAAGAAGCGUGGGACAGAGAGGAGAAGGGAGGGAGACUGGGUACCGUCCUUGACCAUAUUCCUACUCUUGUGAUGGAGGAUAUGAAUCAAAGUCUUACUAAGCCUUUUGGAAGUGAAGAGAUAAGGGAAGCUGCUUUUCAACUUGGAGCUCAUAAAGCCCCGGGGCCGGAUGGUUUCAAUGGGAUCUUCUUUCAAGAAUUCUGGGAUAUUGUAGGGGAGACAGUAACCAAAGCAACUUUGGGGUUUUUUAAUGGGGGAUUCAUGCUAAGGGAACUCAACAGUACUUGUAUUGUACUUAUUCCCAAAGUCAAUAGCCCUGUUGAGGUGACUCAGUAUCGACCCAUCAGCUUGUGCAACUAUGCUUAUAAAGUUAUAUCUAGAGUUCUUGUCAAUAGACUCAAGGAAUGGCUCCCUAAUUUGAUUACUGAGAAUCAAAACGCCUUUGUAGCUGAAAGGCAGAUACAUGAUAAUAUUCUAAUAGCUCAAGAGGUCUUCCAUUAUAUUAAGCUAAAGAAUAAAGAGAAAAAGAGUGUCCUGGCCUUAAAAUUAUAUAUGAAUAAGGCCUACGACCGUGUAGAAUGGGAUUUCCUUGAAGCUGUCAUGAAGAAAUUAGGAUUCUGCAAUCAGUGGGUGAAUUGGAUUAUGCAAUGUGUGAGCACUGUCAGCUAUAGAUUGAUAAUCAAUGGAAAGCCUUAUGAUGUUAUCCAACCCUCCCGUGGGCUUAGACAAGGGUACCCCUUGUCCCCUUAUCUCUUUCUCUUUGUUGCAGAUGCCCUGUCUCGGAUGGUUCAAGUUGUUGCUGAUAACAAAGAACUCAGGGGAAUCAAAUUGAGUAGAGAAUGCCAUGUUCUCACCCACAUUCUCUUUGCGGAUGAUUCCUUAUUCUUCUUGGAAGCAGAGGGGGGGAGCUGCAGGAAAAUGGCAGAUAUUAUUGAAUCUUAUGGUAAUGCCUCUGGUCAGAAGGUUAAUUUUUCCAAGUCCAGUGUUAUUUUUAGCUUUAAAGCUACUGAUCAGGUUAAAGCUGAUGUUGCAAACUGGUUGGGGAUCAUUAAAGCUGAUAAUCCUGGAACCUAUCUUGGCAUACCUUCUCUAUGGGGGAAAACUAGAAGGGAAGUGAUGGUAGUAAUGAGAGAUAGAAUUCUCAACAGGCUCCAGGGAUGGAAACAGAAACUUCUGUCACAAGGAGGCCGUGAGAUCCUGAUUAAAGCUGUUAUAAGUGCCAUGCCUACCUAUAUGAUGGCCAUAUUCAAAGUUGGAGGAUUCUUCAAAAUAAACAUGCUUUCUGGGCCCGGGUGCUUAAAGGUUGGUGAUGGCUGUGACAUAAACAUUUGGAGAGAUAGAUGGAUUCCAUUGAGUGACUCGGGCAGAGUGACUACUACUCAGCCUAUUGAGUCUGCUGUCCCCCAAAGAGUAGUUGAUAUCAUUGAUAAGGAGUCUAGAUCUUGGAAGUUGGAUGAGAUUUCGCAUUUGGUGUCUGAGACCACAGUAGAAGAAGUGCAUAAAGUUCCCUUAAGUCGAUCUUGUAUGAAGGAUAAGCUUAUAUGGCCUAAGGAGAAGAAUGGAACUUAUACUGUGAAAUCAGGGUACUACACCAAGAAGAGCAGUAUUCCAAUGCGGCCCCAAUACUCAUCCUCGAGUUCUCAUGUUGUUGACAAAAAGGCCUGGAGAUUUAUCUGGAAUGUAAAAGCUCCCCCAAGAGUUAAACAUUUCCUGUGGAGGGCUUGUGUUAAUGGUUUGGCGACCAAACUGGCCCUGAAGCAAAGAAGGAUUGGCCAUGAUGCAACCUGCCCCAUUUGCCAUGAGAUGGAUCAGUCUGUGGAGCACAUUUUGCUCCAAUGUCCUUGGGUGGAAACUGUGUGGUUUGGAGUUCUGGGGCUUAAGGUGGAUAGAGGCAGUAUAACUUCCCUGGAUGAUUGGUUUCUUGCUGUAGUGAGUAAUAUGAAAGGCACUAGAGAGGAGAUUGAUCAGCUGGGGACCAAAAUUGCUUUUACUAUGUGGGUGAUCUGGAAAUGCAGAUGUGAAAAUGUUUUUCAAAACAGGGUUGUUGAUCCCUUUCAGUGUGUGCAAAGGAGUCAAAAUGCUAUAUGGAACUUUAUCAAGACUAAAACUGAAUGUGCUAGCAACAAAAGGAAAACGUGCAACGCUAGUAGAGUUCCUGAGGUAUGGUCUCCCCCAAAUCCUCAUUUCCUAAAAUUUAAUUGCGAUGGAUCUUUUGCUGUUGAAGGUGGCAAGGCGAGUAUUGCUGUUGUGGUUUGCAAUGGGGAUAACGGAGUACUGGAUGGCUUAGCAGAAUCCACUAUGGCCAACUCUGCUCUUGAAACUGAGGCUAAAGCCUUGCUGGCUGCCGUAAAGUUGGUUAAGUCUUCCAAUACUCAUAAUGCCAUUCUGGAAAUUGACUCUGAAAAGUUUAUGGGUGCUUUAUCCUCUGUUAAGAAGUGCAGGUGGGAGAUUAAUACUAUAAUUCAGGAUAUUAGAUCGCUGAUGUGUGACUCUGGUACUAUGAAGAUCAGUUUGGUGCGUAGAACAGCAAACUCUGCUGCUGAUUGGGUAGCUAAGUCUGUAAGGCUGGGAGAGUGCCCUGAUGGAUGGGUUUUACAACCCCCUCUUCCUCUGCUUCAUAUCUACAACAAAGACAUCAUCCCUGCCCCUCCAGAUGUUUGA